CGCUCGCAAAUCAUUCAACGCACGCGAAUUUUUCUCUCAACGCUAACUUCACUUUAUAAAUAUUCGAUUUCUGUGGCUAUCGACGACGACAUCGAAGCUUGUGUUUUUUGGGAUUUACGGUUUUUCGACAUGGCUCUAAGCGUUGUGCUACCCCUUUCUGGAUUGGAGACAGAGAAUUUCAACUCAUUCAGCUCAUUCGGGCAUAUCAUAGACAUAGCGGGAUUGUCGCAGUCGAGCCCAAGCCCAUCUGCCUCGAGUGAGUCCAGUGGAAUCGGUUCCCUGGGCUCGCUGAAGUCGGAAUCAGUCAGCAGCGACUCCUCUUUGCCGUCUAGUCCUCAAACUACGGAGAAGAAGAUAUUCGAGCCGAUUGCUCAAGUGCAGCCGAGCCCUAAAGAGGUUCAAAAUGUGGAUGUGAAAAUCAACUAUGCUGGUCACGACAUCCUGAACCUGAUGGCUACACUGUCCGACCCGAGGUGGAACUACCGAGCCACCGUGCUGCCGACCAACAACCCAUCGCUGUUCUUCGCCAACCGUUCCCAGUACCAUCGCCUGGGACCCUUCGGAACCCGCACACAGUAUGUACAUGAUUCUUGUCGCCAAUGUGGCUUCUCCUUUGUGGUGGCCGCCACAGACUGAUGUGACAAUGCUGCAUCUUAAAUUCUGAACAAAUUAUGGCUAGGAAGGACUGGGUAGCAGCAGGGUGACAAUUAUUGAAAUGAUCCUGUAAAUAAACAAUAAGCUAUGAUUUUCACGUCUGUGAAUAGGUGUCCCAAGUUUUACUUAUUCACAGUAAGACCAAAAAAAUAUUGUUUAUUUUUUUAUAACUUGAAUUCCUAAUAGUAUAGCAGUCGCAAAAUCCUACCAAAUAAGUUAUGAGAACCAAAAUUAAUGAAGUUAUUGUUAAAUGGAUCACCCUGUUGCUACCCUGACUAGAUGACUGUGGAAUAUGUGUUAAGAUUUCGUCUCAUACAUUCAUAGAACUACAUUUUGAUAGUGACUUAAUACUGUGAUCUUAAUUUAAUCAAGACAAUUUUUGACAAGUUCUAUGAAUGUGUAUUGAUGAUAAAGUUACUAUCGUUUUCGUUUAACUUAUUCAAUGUGUGAUAAUGAUAAUUUUUAACAUUAAGCUUAAUUUAACAAUAUGCUAUGCCAUAAAAUUGCAUAACUACAAAUUAAAGUUUAUCCUGAUAAUAAAUAACUUGCGUAAUGAACUGGAUCAAACUGUAGACUUUGUAGAGUUAAUCUCUUGACCAUAAUCUAUCAAUGAUUUACAAAAGACUGUUAAAGAUUCAAUAUAUCUUAAUAUAUUUAUGCUACAAUUAGUUCCUCUUAGUAAUGUUAAAUGUUAUCCAAAGAUCUAUUACUAUGUGCAUAUAUUAAUUUAAAGAUGUUACACAAUUUUUAUUAUUAGGUAGGAAGAAUGCAACUGGUUGAUAUUGCACUGAACGCUCAACCCUUGUGUUUUGAUUACUCUAAACGCAAUAUUAAAUUAUUGACAUACCAUAAAGAAUUAUUACUUCCCACCACAUAAUGUAAUAGUUUUUAUUUAAAUGUUGUUUUAUUUUAGUGCUUAGGGUUAUUUAUAGUUGAUAUAUUCCACAGUCAUUGAUAGGAUCAUUGUUGUAAACCCAAAAGGCUGCUUCUCGGAUGUUUUAUAAAAGUUACGAUUUUGACAACCUAGGCACGAAUUUAAAGCCAAGCUGUAGGUAAUAAGGUCUAAAUUAUGCUGUUUGUUGGAUGUACCGUCCGAGCAUUACAUUAUAUUAGUGAUGAAAUAGAGGAUAUAUUAUGAUCUAAAUGUAUUGCCCAAAUCUACUUCCAAUCAACUGAAAAUCAUUUGAAUGUCUAUAAGCCCAUGUAACAUAGUUGAAAUGGGUUCUUCAGUGCAUAUCAUCACAACUUAUUGCAGUGAUUAGAUUUUCUAAGGUAUUAGUAGGUGUUACUGACAAUUUUAAACAUUUCAGUCAUUCAUACGCCCAGAUACUGGGCACUAGUGAAGUUAUAUAGUUAGUGUCGUUAACAGACUGGCAAUAUCUCUAUGUAUGUGCAUAUAAUAAAUGUAAUUAUUGUGGUCUCUUAAAAUUAGUCAAAAAUAUUUAAUAGUGUGAGUCUCUUGAAUAACAUGUAAGUAAUAAAUAAUUAACAUAACUAAUUAUGAUCAAUACUGUCCUUUUGUGCAAACUUUAGUUCUGCUAUGUUGUGAUCAGCUUUAAAUUUGUAACUGGAGUAUUUGUACACAAUAAUGUUGAACAUAUUUCGUCAAAGUUAUUUUUGUAAACUUGUUGAUGAGACAAUACAGUACGUAGCUAAAUUUAGUUAAAAAUUUUCGGAUCCGCGAGGUUUGGCAAUAUUUUGGAAGGGACCAACACAUUUUUGUUUACCAUAGCUAAAUUCGCCUCCAAAGUUGCGUCUUAUCGAAUAACGAAGUAAAGUGACAUUGCAUUUUAUCAGUCGCUUUAUCUUGCUGACUCAAUGCCACCAUAUUAUUAUUAGUCUAAAAAAAAGCUUACUACUUAUAUGAUUAUUUUUCCAAAUCAAAUUAUUUUUGAGUUAUGAAUUAAUGAUAUUCCUAACAAACAAAUUAAGAAAAGUUGUACAAAAUUGAUGUAUUUAUAUAAUCAGUGAGUCUGGUUUGUUUGUGAGUCUGUGCAAGGAUCUCAGGACGCAGCCCGCGCGGUGACGUCAUCUCACUCACUAUGCGCUUGUUAAUGGUUUUAAAUCAAACGUUGCAUUCAGAUUUAUUUUUUAGUUUUUACAAUGUGACAAGCUGCAAACGAAUGUAGUGCAAAUAACGAUGUAUUUGGAGCGAUACGCACAGUUAAGACUAGCUCAUUACGAAUGACUCCUUAAUUUUAGUGAAUCAGUUCCUUGUCGGCCGGGUGUCGUGGGUCGUGACUCGGGACAGUGGGACACAGGCCGAGGUGCGAUGCAAUGUCUGCAUUCCAUUUGUGUUAAGAAUAAGCAGGCGAGGGUAGUAGUUGUUAAUGAUUAUUUAAUCCACAUUGCCAAAUAGUUGGAUCGUUGUGCUAUUUAUUUAUCACAAUUGUCUAAAUAUCAAUUAGAAAAAGAGCAGCUGUAUUUUUGUUAAAAUGUUAAUACCAGACUAUGGUCGUAGCAAUCAUCAGCCAAAAAAUCGAAUGAAGUUGCUCUUUUUAGUACCUUCCAUUAUUAAGUCUUCAAGUGAUUUUACAAUGUUUUAAUCAUUUCGAAUUUUGCAUUUUAUUUUGUUUAGUCAAAUCAUAUACAUAAUAUUAUACGUUGUUCUAUUUAUUGUUCAUUCAUAUUUAUUAUAACUAUUAUUUUUUUCACUGAACUUUAAAACUGUAGUCAAAUGACAGUAUUUUUAUAAUGAAAAUUGUAUAAGAAAGGGUUUUUUGCCAGCUCUGGGGCAGUCUAGCUCGCUCCCGGCGGCUCGUGUGUAUUACGUAUAUCUGAUAAGCAUUAUGUAGGUUUAGUGAAAUAGAAUUUAACUCGGAGAUAAACUCCAAGUACCAAAUCUUAUUGGUUCAAUGUUGUUCUCGUAAAUGUCGUGAUAUAGAGCGUCGCAAGACGCUGAGCUCAAUAUUUUUAGUAUCCCUAAAUGAAUACCUCUUGAAAGGAAAUAAUAUGUAUUUAUAAUAUAUAAUAUCUAUCUUCUGUCUAUACUAAAAUAAUCAAAUAUGUAUUUCCCUGUUUAUUUUGAUGUGAUAUCAUAAAUGACUGAUCUGAAUUUAGUUUUUAAGUUGGUUAUACGCAGUGCUAUUUCAAGAAUGUAAUUAAGAUUAAAUAUUGAAGUGCCAAUGCUCGUAAUAUAAUCUUUAGUGUUGUGUCUGUGGACCUAAGGCCUGCGGGCGCCGCCCCGGCCGCCUCAGUACAACACCUGUCUUGUUAACUGUGUCUCGGUAAUUAUAAAGUCACUCACGUACUGCACAAUCUCAGUAAAUGCUUGCAAUAUAUUUAUAACAUUCUUCUGUAAUUCCUUGUAAAAUUAUUACUUUAAUUCCAAUCCAGCGUAAUGUUAAGAGUACAAUAUGAGAUGAUGUUAUAUCAUUCUAGUAUCAAAAUUAGCCGAAGAUAUUAAUAUUAUUAUUAGUUAGAUAAAAUUUUAACAUAGCUUCGUAUAAUUGGAAUGUUUUAGUGUUUAGUAGGUGUAUAAUUACAACAGGCGCUAACAGUCUUGUGUGGAAUGUUCUUGUUAGUGUCAAUAAUACUCUGUACCGUGUCUGCCGAGGCAGUGCACAGGACAUCAUACGAAAUGGACGAUACGCACUAGGCGUUUAUUUGUUGUAAUAAUAAUAUUAGCUGUAGGUAUUUAAUCGUACUUAAUAAUUAUUCUUGCGAUGCCUUAAUUCUGGUUGUCAAUUAGACAUGUCUUUGCCUAGAGUGUUAUCAUUGUUUUUAUUUAUUUUAGUUUUUUUUGCUGUUCCGGCUUUCCCCGUGAACCUCCAGUCCAGGCUGUUCUUUUGAAAUGAUUUUGUGGUCAAUUUAUUUUUACCUAAGUGUUCUUAUUAAAUGUUACCAAAACGUUUUUAAUAAAAUAUUUUUAUAUGUAA